UCACAUUUUAACUUUUGCACUGUUUAUGUCUUGUCGUAGAUUCUAAAGCACUUUCAAAAUCCACGUUACAAAGUGUAAAACAGAAGAAACAGAUCAAAUAAAGAAAACAUGUUUAAGGAAUAAAAUUGAGCUGAGAGAAAAAUAAAGUCAAGAAAAAUCAGGAAUGGAAAGAAAUAUUUGUAUGAGCAUUGUUGAAGGGAGCCUGAGAACAAUCAUUUCAUUGCCAAUGAUGGUUUCACUGUAAUUGUUCUGGAUAAAUAAAGAACUUAAAACUUCCCUCUGUAGUUCAUGUAUCCAUGGUGACCGCUAGGCGGCAGCUUGUAGAAGCUGAACAGAGGAAGUAGUGAGGCAGCAGAAGGCGGAAGUAAACAUGGCCCAGAAGCAAAGCAUGGCGGUUCCUGAGUUCCUCAGUAAAACACAGUUAUUAAAACAAGGAGCAGAAGCCCGGGUGUACCGGGCAAGCUUUCUGGGAAAGCCGACUAUUGUGAAAGAAAGGUUCCCGAAGCGCUACAGACACCCAGUGCUGGACGAAAAGCUGACACACCGCAGGACGGUCCAGGAGGUCCGCUCCAUACUCCGCUGCCGGAGAGCAGGCAUAUCUGCCCCUGCAGUCUAUUUUGUGGACUACACAUCCCACUGUAUUUUCUUGGAGGACAUCGUGGGUUCCUCGACUGUGCGUGACCACAUCGCAUCUACUCAGCAGUCUGGUUCCUGUAAGGAGCUGGAGCGGCUGGCUGAGAAGGUGGGCCAGAUCCUGGCCAAAAUGCACGAUGAGGACGUCAUCCACGGGGACCUGACCACCUCCAACAUGUUGCUGAAAUGGGGCCGGGAGGACGGGGAGCCAGACCUGGUCCUCAUCGACUUCGGACUGAGUUACAUCUCUGCUCUGCCAGAGGAUAAGGGAGUGGACUUGUACGUGCUGGAGAAGGCUUUCCUCAGUACCCACCCCAACACAGAGGUGCUGUUUGAGAAGCUGCUGAAGAGCUACACAGCAUCAUCCAGGAAGUCGGCAGCCGUCAUUAAAAAGCUUGACGAGGUUCGGUUGAGAGGGAGGAAGAGGUCGAUGGUGGGAUGAUCCUUGCCGUGUACAGGGACAAGCCUAUCAGGGACAUGAUGUUCCUAAAAAACAAGUUAGAAUUACAAAGCUGUCAGUGUGCAGAAAGACUGUUGUAUGUAAAGUAUGAUCAAAUAAAAAAGUGUAAGAAAAAGGAA